AUGAAGCUGCUUUACCCAACAUCCCUCAAACUCGACAUCCAAAGCCUCGAGGGCUUCUCCGUCGACCUCCAUUCAUACGACGUUAAGAAGCCCAUCCCAGAAGAGCACGUCGAUGCCGAAAUCCUCGUCACAUGGACAAACACGGCCGAUAACCUUCAAGACGCCGCAAAGCGCCUAACAAAGCUUCAAUGGAUUCAAUCCCUCGCUGCGGGUCCCAACGAUGUUCUCAGCGCCGGCUUCGACGCAUCAAAGAUUAAGAUUACUACCGGCUCGGGUCUUCACGAUCACACUGUCGCAGAGCAUGCGCUAGGUCUUUUGCUCAACGCUGCCCGUCGUUUCUACGAGAUGCGCGAUUACCAGCUUCAGGGCAAAUGGCCAGGCCACCUCGGCGGUCCCCAGCCUGAUAGACCCAAGGACGCUUUCACAACGCUCCGCGAUGCGCGCGUGCUCAUUUGGGGUUUCGGCAACAUCGCAAAGAGCCUCACCCCGCAGCUCGUUGGUCUCGGCUCUCAAGUCCGGGGUAUCGCUCGUCAAAAGGGUGUUCGCAACGGCAUUGAGAUUUACACCGAGGAUGAUCUCGACAAGCUCCUCCCCGAGACUGAUGCACUGGUCAUGAUUCUCCCCGGUUCCGAUUCCACGCGCCACGUCCUCAACGCCGAGCGACUCAAGCAAUUGCCCAAGCACGCGUGGGUCGUCAACGUGGGGCGGGGUACAUCUGUGGAUGAAGAUGCGCUUGUUGAUGCGCUGGAGAAGGGAGAGAUUGGAGGAGCGGCAUUGGAUGUCUUUGAGACAGAGCCUCUUCCUGAACCUAGCAAGAUCUGGAAGGCGCCUAAUACUAUUGUUUCACCGCAUGCUGCUGGUGGACGACCACAAGGUGCUGAGGGUCUUAUCGCUGAUAAUCUUAGACGAUUCAGGGCGAAGCAGGAUUUGAAGAACAAGACAUAUAUCUCAUUUCAAUUCUUCUCAAUUGAACUGAAUUACUAUCAUGAUUGGGAUGAUGGUGUUGCAAUUGCUAAGGCCGCAAAAUACCCUCUGUUCAAUUGGGGGUUUGAAGGGAUUCCCACUGUAAUUUACGGCGUUAUCAUCAUCCGUACCAUCUUCAUCUCCAUCCAUCACUUAUCAUCCGCUGUCGCAACCACAAUACUCGCCGUGAUCAUGACUUUAGUCCAGCCCGCCUCUAAUAACGCCAACGCACUCAAUUCUUGCCAAUUCACUCUCCCCACAAGAAGAGGCGAAUACCUCAUUCAAGUCUCAUGGCCUUUGUGCUGGAGCAGCGAGCGUGUACCACCAGAAGAUGAUACUUCCACCGUCUCCACUGUAUACAUAGUUGAUGGAAACAUCUACUUCUUCACAGCAACAGACAUCGCUCGUCGGUUGGAACUUACUCACCACACACGAGUUGUCCUUGUUGCAAUCGGCUAUCCUAACAAAACCUGCGUCUUCGACAAGCGUCGCAAUGGAGAUCUGACACCCGAAGCUUGCGAUGGCAUCUACAGUGUACCGCCGGGUCCUGAUGGCAAGCCUUCUCUAGGUCCUUUCGGCAGCGCAUCCGACUUUUUGGACAUAAUCCAAACACAAGUCCGGCCAUAUGUCGAAAAUACCCUCUUCCCGGACGUUCCUCUCAAUUCUGGACCUAAUGCUCUAUUCGGCCAUUCCUACGGUGGUCUAUUCACUCUCAACGCUCUAUUCACUCAACCAAAUUUCUUUGAUACCUUCAUUGCAGCAAGUCCAUCUAUCUGGUUUAACAACAAAAGUAUCGUGCAAAACCAAGAGCAAGAUUUCCACGCACGCGAACCUCCUACAGGUCGAGCACCACGACUCUUGGUCAUGUUUGGUGGUGCCGAACAGACGUUGAUGAAAUUACCUGGUGAAUCAGAUGAAAAGUUUGACAAGAAGCAGAAGGGCGCGUUGGAGAGGAAGAUGAAAGACAAUGCACUAGAACUGGUAGAGACGAUGAAAACGUCCAAGAAUCUAAGGGAUGUUUGGACGUGGGAGUUUGAGGCGGAGGACCAUGGUGGUGCAGCACCUUGUGCUUUGCAGAGGGGACUAUUCAGGUUUCUCUUGGAUCAACGUGCAGAGCAAUAG